AAUUAGGGUUCAAGGCAUAGCGUGUCCAAAAAGAAAAUCACAAAUCGCUAGGGUUUUAUAUCUCUCUCUCAGAAACCACAGCACAAACGCAAGAGGAUUCUAGACGCAGGGAAGCAGUAAAGUGAUUUUCGAUUUCAACAAUGGAUUCUUUCUCAGCUCCACCUAGUCGACCUUCUUCCCAAUUGUCCCCACAAGAUCUCAAAGACCAGUUGAAAUCCCAACUUGCUAUGGAGUAUGCUCAACAAUUUCUCGAGACAGUGAGAGGAAAGUGUUUUGACAAGUGUAUCACAAAACCAAGUUCAAGCCUCAGUGGGGGUGAAAGCAGUUGCAUCUCUAGGUGCGUGGACCGAUAUAUUGAGGCAACGGGCAUAAUUAGCAAAGCAUUAUUUAGUGGUCAACAAUGAAGUGGAUAACCUCCUCGGCAAGUCAUGAAAGUAGCUCAAGUUUUGGGAAUCACUUUAUGGAUGUUUGACAUUAUGUGUUCUUUUGUAGACAAUUAUGCAUUCUAUUUUGUAUGCCCAAGAGAUUUGCGGUUAUUUUAAACUAUCUUUGUUUAAUACUUGUACUUUUAUAUAUGCUCUGUUACGGGGAUAUGCAAGAAAGGUCAUUCAUCUUUUUGUUUA